GGAAGGGCAAUUGAGGUUUCCCUUCUGGGCUAUGCUUGCUGGUCUGCUGUGUUCUGCUAGUGCUAGACUGGAAAAAAAGAAUGCUUUGCAAACGUAUGAAUGUCGAACAAAGAUCAAACGAAGAACACAGGUGAUGAUGAAGGAUUUGGCUGAUGAAACAGUCUUAGAAAGUCGAGAAAUGAGCACUACAACGAGAAUAUAUCAAGAAUCGAGCACCGCAGAAACUGGUGUUUUUAAUUCUGAAAGAGAUGAAUUGGAUACAUCAGAUUAUGA